AUGAAUACAGAUUUACAUGCCUCAUAUCUAAGCCUUUCAGAGGAUGGCAAACCUACGCCUUCUGAAGCGAAAGAGAGCACAUUUGUUACACAUGACAAAACAUCAAAGUCUCGGACAUCAAGGAAACAUUUUCCAUACCCCCCCAAUCCAGCUCCAUUGGAGCUUCGUUAUGCAGCUCGGAUGAUGAAGUCCAAAUUCCAACCAGAAUUCUCGUUGGAAGCAACACAGAAGUUUCAAGAACAGUUGGAGAGCGGCCUUUCUCAAAUGACGACUGCAACCUUGUACAAAGGAUACAAGGCCAAGCUCGCAAGUCGCGAGGUUGCGCGCCAACGCAUGGUGUUGGCAACGUGGGAAAUUGACGAGGCUGCACAGUAUGAAGAAUUCCUCAUUGCCAUCUAUGGUGAAAACGAACAACGAAAAUAUCUUCAAGCUGUCUUUGAAGACGAAUGCGAGAUCCUCCGCGUCGCUAGUGCCCAAACUGACCAGGUUGCAACCCUCCUCAAUUCACGUGUUAAACAUGCAUUUUUGAAACCUGCUGCGGCAUUUCCUCUUCACCCUAAUGGUGGACUCUCCUGCAUCGGCACUAGGGAACCCUCUGAACACUCAGAUCCAGAUUUGAGUGAUGGGUCUUACGCAGACCUGCCCCCAGAUGAUUCGGAUCAUGACUCUGAGGAUUCAGGUGAAGGCGCAGGCUCUAGGUUUCGUUUAAACAGUCCAUAUAAGUCAUUGAUUCUUGCAUGUUCCGGCAUCUGUGGCUACUUGUAUUACCCAAUUGCAACUUUUAAUCGCCCAACCGAUAUGCUCAUCCAAAGUAUGCAGCCGCCGGAUGACAAUGAAUAUCCACACUUCCCUGGCCAGCUUCAAGACAGGUUCUCGUUGUCAGACUAUGCAGAUAGAAAUCCGAAUUUAAACGAUCAACUUGAAGCAGAUGAUGAGGGGGACCCACUUUCAAGGUUCCUCCGUAUGACCGACCCACAAUAUGCAACGACUACAAGUAGUCUAAAAUCGCUAACGUCCGAGAUGGAUGCUCCACCCCCCACGCCAUCGUCUAGCACACUUGAACCACUUGACGCUGGUGAUGGUGUCUAUCCAUAUGCAACAACUAAUAGUCUACAAUUGCUCACGCCGAGAUGGAUGCUCCACCCCCCGCGUCAUCUAGCACCAGCAAACCACUUGAUGCCGGUGAUGACGUCUACCCUGGUCCUUCGGCCACCUGAGCCAACAGCUCCGAUGGCUGCCCUCGCUAUCCCAUCCACGAUUGCUGCCCCUGUUGCUUCACGGCCAAGCACACUGGUCCCUUUGUCACUCAAGUUUGUUGCUAUGCAGCCAGGAAUUACUGCUAGCGGAGUUGCACCAGCGGCCCCUGCCAUCUUUCCUGGUCCUGCUGCUGUGCAGCCAACUACACCAGCCCUCAUUAACGUCAAUUCCCUUGUCAAAAAACAGAUCCUCAAUUCUGCAAAAAGAAGAAUCUUACGAUUCUUCUUGACGGCAUCUGCAAUGGCCGGUACUGAUGGUGAGAGGGCGGCGCUUGUUUCUCGCGAUUUCAGAGUCGUCAUGCCAGGUAUGAAUGUUACAAUCCGAACGACAAGUAGUGAACGUCAGCAGGUGACAGCCGCCUGGAACGGCUGUUUUCGGAAGCUAUUGGACAUGGUACGGAGUUGUCUCGCCUUGGGCUACACUUUCUACCCCCCGCUAGAGUCCAAUCUCCAACCAGUCCAAUUUCGGGGUCGUGUCAUAACCGCAUUGAUUAACGACACGUUUACGGUCGACGCAAGCGGGCAUGUCACCAUACUUGACGGGGUUCUCGACAAUCCCCUGAUUUUUCAUGUUGCCGUUCAAUUCAUAUGGUGUAGCGACCUCGGUAUCUCACAAUUCCUCUCCACCUCGGCGUUACAUCGACAUCAACAACUCAACUACGCCUUUGGUGCUAUUGGUGCAGCUGUGAAAUUAGCGCUGCGGGAGCAGAUUCCCCAUCCACCAGUCAUCCUGCCAUUCACGCAACACGAAGGGAGUGAGACAUUCGAGGACAUUGUGCGCUACAUUGGCAACAUGGACGGUGUCCAGAGAAUUGCGUUCGACUAUCGGAAAUCUCAUAUGUUAAGCAUUGGGGACUCGCAG